ACUAAUUACAUGCAAACACGCCGUGUACAACUAUUUGUAUAAAAUGUAUCUUUUUCAGCUUACGAUAAGUUCGAUCUCUCGGCGAUGGAAUACUGUAUGACCAUACCAACUUCAUCGGUGACAAAUCGAAACAGCAACAAGCAAAUGAUAUUAUAUCUAUGAAAAAAUGAUUGUAGUUUCGGUUUCGUCGGGUGAUCGUAUACUGUGCUUCCACGUUUCACUAACUAGCUUUAGAUUACCUUAGAAUAAAGUAAGUCUUAGUAUUUAGAUCAAAUAGAAUAACGUCUUAGUUUAGUCUGCAGAUUUAUCCUGUAAUCUCAUUUGUCAAUAGUAAAUAGAAAGCUAAUGCCUAUUUUGUAUUUUAUUCUUCUAAUUUUUUAAUAAAGUUAUAAAUUGCGGUUCGGCUGUCAAUCAUUUGCAAAUUGAAACCCCUGGUUCUAACUUUAACUAUUUCGAUCUCCUCCGAAAUAAGGACAAUGCAAAAUGCAGACACUCAGAAGAGCGCAAGGUCCUAAACACGAGGUGAGAAAUUCGAAAUGGAGGUAUGCUACACAUUUCAGAAUAAGUUACAUGUGCGUGCUAGACAUUGUUCUUGAUAUAUUACAUGAGAGGUCAGUCAAUGUGUACAGUCCUUAAGCAAUGGUCUGCAGACCUGUUAAUGCUUGAGGCUCAACAUUUUGUCUCGAUGAGUUCUAAAUUAAGGAGAAACUGUAUUUUUGUUACGAACUCACUCUUGAAUUAAGUCCAAAUGUUUUAAUGCGCAUCAACAUUUCUUUCACUUCAAAACGAAAAAAAAGUACUAAACAGAUGAGUAAAACUGAAUAAAAUAAUAAACUGCAAUUGGUAAUACCACGUUAUCGUACGACUGGACCGGAAUAAACACACGAUAGCCUAUGACCGCCACGUAAUAAGUAGGGAAAUCCGAAACCAGCAUUCGUAAACAAUUAGUGUUAUCAAUAUAUAGUAGGAAUUGAAAACAUCGCCACCAAAGAUGAUUUAAAGAAACAAUCCAGAUAAAUUGAAUCAGUUCUUGAAUACAGUUCAUUCGGGAUAGAACCGAAAAAUAUUUCUCAGCGAUGGAUAGUUCAGAUAGUUCAAAUCUUCAACAUUUGCUUGAGAUGGACUGGGUGGCGCAUGAGACGUAUACUCGAGAGAACGUUUUUCACGUCAUUGCUAAAAAAGGAUGGUUGAAGAUGCUGUGUGCUAUCGAGGGGCUCAUAGAUGAAAAAAUCAAACUAUGGCUACAGAAGCGGAACAAAGAGGGCGAUACUUGCCUUCACAUUGCAGCGGUCGCACAUAGAGGACAGCAAGCAAUACGGAUCAUAGAAAAGUUAGUGGAAUAUGGAGCAGAUUUCAACGAAAGAGAUCGUCGUACUGGUGACACUGUACUUCACAUAGCAGUAAAAAAAGGAGACUGUGAACUAGCUACAUGGAUGUGUCAGCAGCGAAAUAUCAAUUUGGAAAUAGAAAAUUACUCGAAACACACGGCCUUCCAAGUGGCAUUGAAAAACGGUGACAAAGAAAUGAUGAAGAUACUCGAAACUUAUGGUGCAACUACUAUGGGAGUAAGCGACAGUGAAGAAGAAAAAGAGAGUGAUUCAGAAUAGUAACUG